AUGAUAGGUGUACGAUGGGGUUUAGCUAAAAAGCUCAAGGAAAGAAAUCCCGCAACACAUUGUGUUAUUCAUCGGCAAGCUUUGGCUUCCAAAACAUUGCCGCAGAUAUUUCUGUUAUUUACUUUACUUUGCGAGGAUCUCGAUUCUGAUCAGUUCUUCUGUUCCAUACAGAAGUACGCUGGCUGUCCAAAGGCAACAAGUUGGCUCGCCUUUAUGAAUUGA